AUGAAGAAGAAACGCGGAAGCGUAAUGUUUCCUCCUGCUGGCGAUAGCUAAAGCUACGUUGGUGUCAUCGUCUUAUCGGUUUGGGGUUUGACAACAGAAACAACAACCUUAUUUCGUGUCCAGCCACGAAUACCCAUUUCCACUGGGGUCUCUGGAGAGAUGAACAACAACGGGAAUAAGAGAGCUCCGACUACAGCCACUCAGCGACUUAAGCAGGAUUACCUCAGGAUAAAGAAAGACCCUGUGCCUUACAUCUGUGCAGAACCUCUCCCCUCCAACAUCCUAGAAUGGCACUAUGUAGUCAGAGGUCCUGAGAAAACUCCAUAUGAAGGAGGAUAUUAUCAUGGAAAACUUAUAUUUCCUCGGGAGUUUCCUUUUAAACCGCCAAGUAUCUAUAUGAUAACACCAAAUGGGAGAUUUAAGUGCAACACAAGGUUAUGUUUGUCCAUCACAGAUUUUCAUCCGGAUACAUGGAACCCUGCGUGGUCCGUCUCUACCAUCCUCACAGGUUUGCUCAGCUUCAUGGUGGAAAAAGGACCCACCCUAGGCAGCAUCGAGACCUCUGACUACACGAAAAGACAGCUGUCAGCCCAAAGCCUGGCCUUCAACCUCAAAGACAAAGUGUUCUGUGAGCUGUUUCCUGAUGUAGUCGAUGAGAUGAAGCAGAAGCAAAAGGCACAGGAGGAAUUAAGCGCUCGCACUCAGCCCCUCCCCUUACCUGAUGUGGUGCCUGACGGUGACCCUCAACACGCCCACUAUGGCCUCCCAGCCCUCAACGGAGGUCCUGUCCCCCUGGGGCGAGCCAACCCCGCCCCGGGCCUGCAGCAGGCCAACCGUAACCAUGGACUUCUAGGAGGGGCUCUAGCCAAUUUGUUUGUGAUUGUAGGCUUUGCGGCGUUUGCCUACACGGUCAAGUACGUGCUGAGGAGCAUAGCCCAGGAGUGAGAGGAGCCGGUGUGGUAGGGCAACACUCCCACCCCACCCCCCACCCCCGGUGAGCCAGCUAGUGGACUCCACAUUCUACAAAUACACUAUGUGGGGGAGGGAUGUUCAGUCCUGGGUUAAACCCCUCCACGACCACCACCACACCUACUACCACCAUGGACUUUGGAAGACAGAAACUCAAAGACCACCCACCCACGAAGGACUGAGAGGAGGAGGUGGGGUGGUGGAUGGGAGUGGAUGUAGGGCUGGGGAAUUGGAGGGGUUUAUUAAAACGGUUGUGAUCAAUCUUCAGUGCUUCAGUGGUUUAUAUCAGUCGUAGGAGCAAACUUGGCUCAUGGGUUGUGAAAAAGUAUAGAACUGUGGACUGCAAAAAGGUCAUAGUUUGUUGCCACAUACUGAUGGGCCUGUCACACCGGAAAUCUGCUUUACUGAGGACAAAUAAUCAGCACCAUUUUUCUCCUGUAACAACGUUACUCAUGUAUUUCCAUGAGAGAGCUUCAGGGCAUCAGGUUUCAUAAUCUGCAAUGGCCAAUCAAAAACCAGUUUUGCUCUUGGAAUUUCCCGUCCCAGGUGGUAUACAGUGUUGAGCAGUUUGCAUAUGUAAGAAUAUCUGGCUCAAAGAGAUGGUUUUCCACAUGAAAUGCAGCAGUUAGUCACACAGAUUAUAGACGCCACAAAACAUGAAAGUUCACGUGACCCAUUUGUAUACAAGAUAAAUGUCCAAGACUGUCAGGCCAUUUUUUUAAUUUAUUUUUUUUAAUAGGUGCCAAGAAUACAUCUUUGUAUUUUUAGCACAAGCUGAGUCUCAUUGGAAAGCGCUCUAAAUCAUUUAAAAUUUAUCAUGUGAUUGAUGACCUAUGUAAGAUCAGAGAGCUCUUUGGUAAUCGGGAUCAAACGAUAAGCCAAUGUACAACAGCAAUACACAAAAAGUGAAAAUUAGUACACAACUAUGUGGCACAAAUUACGCCUCAUUUAAUUGUCAGUACUGCUUUAUCUCAUCGGUAGGGUCUAUUUUCUGCAUCAGUGCAUGCAACUGAUGAUGCUACAUAAGUAGUCUGCCUUCAACAGAGUACUGAUGGGUGUAUUAAUACCUGUUUUUCUUCUUACAUAUGAAUAAAAUGCAAAUUAGGUAUAUCAGUCUCUGAAACGGAGUCUGAUCUGAGUCCAGAUGUUCUCUCGAGUCAACUCAUGAGCCAAGCAAUGUCUGCACAGAAGUAAACAGAGACCAGUACCUUUUUUGAAAUUGGCUUAGCUGACCAGUAUAGUUCCAGUCUAUAUAGGUCGAAAUAAGCAGACACAUGACGAGAACCAACAUUUUGUUUCUGUAUAUUACAUUUUCUUUUUGAUAAUUUUUUUCUUUUGUGUUUUUUUGUUCUCUUUAUUUAUAGAAACAGCUGGCUUGGCUGCCAUGGUUCUAAGGAAAAGUCUGUUUGCUAAACAGGACAGUACAGUCAAACAUGGGGGCAGCUCCGGCUCACAUAAUUGCAGUUGAUUUACUCUUGUGCAUUGCAUUUAGUAAAGUUGGUUCUACUGUGUAUCUAAUGUUUCAACAGAAAAACGGUCGGAAAGCGGAAGAUUCUCCUGUCUAUUGCUCUUCUUGGCACCAUCUUAAAAAAAAGACAAACUGAUGAUGAUGGGAGUGUGUUUCUGUGAUUAUACAGCAAAUGCCCAAAUCUCCAUGCUUCAGUUAAUCUUGUGUGACAUUGUAUGUUUUCAUAGUAAAUGCAAAUAAAUUACCCUGCUUGGCAGGGCCUUUAAUAAAACCCUGCUUCAGUCUCACUCAAUGACAAGAGAUUAUGUUUUAUUUACUUCCAAGGAAAAUGCGAUUUGAAUCAUCAGUCUGGCCCACAAAGGUUAUAAUUCUUAUCUACAUAAGAAAUGCAGAUGUGGAUUCAUUACUUCCUGAACCGACUGUGCACAAGCCAAACAGUGGAAUUCCAGAGAACGCCUGAAGGCAAACCUUCUUUGGAAAGGUGCAACUCCCCAUGUGACUGCGUCAGGAAAGUGUGCUUUUAAGAGUGCUGAGCUUGACGAGGUGACGGCAGACCUCACAGAGCAGCAGAGGCUUCACUUGGAGUAACAAAGCAGUCUCAAUCCUGCAACCAAGCUUCUGAUAAAUCACCAGGACUCUUCCACUCUGCUGAAAUCACCAUGUUACAAAAUGAGGAGCUCGAGUGUGUUGUGUGCUGCUACGAGUACUCGCGCAGCCACCGGAUCCCACGGGUCCUCCACUGCAACCACACCUUCUGCGCCCCUUGCCUGGAAAAAAUGUCCAAGCUGGAGGGCGUCAUUUACACCGUCUCCUGCCCCUUGUGCCGCUGGAUUACCUGCACCCGAGCCAGCCUCACCCUACCCGGAGCCCUGUGGGUCAACACUGAGAUCUGGGACCAGAUUGCAGAGGAGCAGAGGGCGAGGACAAAUGGAUCUGUGGAGGAUCUGAAAGACACAAAGACACCCCUCAUCACACCAACACUGCCUGUUUCAAGGCCGACUGGUUUCACAUCAACGCUCCAAAAGUUGCUCAGCUGUGUGCUGCUGCAAAGAGGGAACAUGGACGGCUGCUGACAGUUUAAUGCCACAAGAAAUUCCAGCUUCACUCACCGUUGUUGACAUGCCUAACUUGACAGACCUGAUGAAUAUGAGCAUGACUCAGGGACUAGUGUAUGAUCACGGUUCAAAGUAAAGGACUGGCUACGUUUGUGUUUUGUGAGGAGCAAAGUCCAGAACAGCUUCAUGUGAAGUUUCAAGUCCUUUUUGUGUUGAACCUGGAGGUGGUUCUACAAGGACAGCACUGACUUUAAGUAUACAAGUUCUGACUUGUGAAUCUAUGAUUUACUGCAGUGAAACUAAUGAAAAAUAUCAACAAAUCAACUUUCAGUUCAUCUUGAAGUCUUCUCAAGUAAGUCAUUCAGUAGUAAUAGGCCUGCUGUGAAUGUUUAUUAUUAUAAUAUAUAUAAAAUUCUAUGCAUAUAUAUAUAUAUAUAUAUAUAUAUAUAUAUAUA